UGUCCGCGCUCAGACCGUGAAGGCGUGCGCACCAUCGAGGACCAUGACAUGAUAACAGAGCUACAGUUUACGCACGUUUACGCAAACGCAAAUAACCGCCACACAUGGUUUUACAAUGGAAUCAAGUCCUAUGAUUUAUGGCGAGGAUUUCUGAAGUGAAGAUAAGAUGAAAAUAAAUGGCAGCGGCUUGAUGAACAGUUCUUCACUGAGCCCUCACGAUGAGAACACUCUGAAUCGCCCUCCCUGGGUCGCCACAACUUUGGGCAGUUUUCUGAUCUUCACUAUCGUGGUUGAUAUAUUGGGGAACCUCUUGGUGAUCUUCUCCGUCUACAGAAACAAGAAACUUAGAAACGCAGGGAACAUAUUUGUGGUGAGUCUGGCCGUAGCUGACCUUGUUGUGGCCAUCUAUCCUUAUCCUCUCGUCCUGGUCUCCAUUAUCCACAAUGGAUGGAAUCUGGGAUUUGUCCACUGCCAGAUCAGUGGAUUCCUGAUGGGACUGAGCGUGAUUGGAUCUAUUUUUAACAUCACCGGCAUCGCCAUCAACCGCUACUGCUACAUCUGUCACAGCCUCAAGUAUGACAAGUUAUACAGCGACAAGAACUCUCUAUGCUACGUCCUUCUCAUCUGGAUCCUGACCGUAGUCGCAAUAGUGCCAAACUUUUAUGUGGGCUCCCUGCAGUACGACCCCAGGGUCUACUCGUGUACGUUUGCGCAGUCGGCCAGCUCUGCGUACACAAUCGCAGUGGUUUUCUUUCAUUUCAUCCUUCCAAUCAUGAUUGUGACAUACUGCUACUUGCGCAUCUGGAUCUUGGUGAUCCAAGUGAGAAGACGUGUCAAGCCUGAAUUCCGGCCUAAGCUUACGCCGCAUGACAUAAGGAACUUUGUCACCAUGUUUGUGGUGUUUGUCCUUUUUGCUGUAUGCUGGGCUCCUCUCAAUUUCAUCGGCCUGGCAGUCGCUAUUAACCCAGACCGUGUUGCGCCUCUUAUCCCGGAGUGGUUUUUUGUAUCCAGUUAUUUUAUGGCCUAUUUCAACAGCUGCCUUAAUGCCAUAGUCUACGGACUGCUGAACCAGAACUUCAGAAGAGAGUACAAGAAAAUUAUCAUCUCCCUCUGCACUGCGAGGAUGUUCUUCCCUGAGAGCUCAAAUGACGCUGUAGAACGAAUCAAAAGCAAGCCAUCCCCUUUAAUGACAAACAACAACCAAGUCAAAGUAGAUUCUGUAUGAAAUCACGCAAAAGGACACUGUGAACCCAAAACCAAAUCAACAUUUCAGCUGCUUCCAGAAUAAACUAUUUAUAAGCGAUAUUUAUAAUCUGAAUACAGGUGUGUGUAUUUCUUGUACCGGUUGCUUUUACAAGAAGGUACAUUUCAAUAUCUUGCUUCUUCUCAGAGUUUACAGAGCCUUUUUGUUUUAUAUACAGUACAGUUGGUCAGGACAUCAUUAUAUACAGUACGUUUUUACAGGAUAUCAUUAAUUCUACAAAACCAAUGCACAUACAGUACUGUCGCAUACGAAGGUGCCAAGUGAGAAGAUUGAUAGUUCUUAAUCCUAAUAAGUGCUUGACCAUGACUUCAUUUACUCUACAUAUGCACAAAUAAUGCAAUGAUUUUGGAUCAGAGUAAGGACAUAAUUGCAGUAAGCUGUAAGCAUGACAAAAGCAAACCUAUUCACUCUCAUUUUACAUGCAGUUGACAGUAUUAUGAUUAUUCAUUAAGUGUUAUUUACCAACAAACUGUAUUAUUAUUAUUCACAAACUGUUCAGCAGAAAUGAUGAAAUUAGCAACAAAUUCUCAUUGGAAAUACGUGCCUUAGUUUAUAUUUUUGUGAAGCCUCAAAAAUGUAAUUUGUCUACAGUUUCUAUUUAUAAUGAAUGCUACAAGGUAUAACAACAACCAUUUUUCUGGUCAAUUUUCUCUGUAGCUCACUUUAAAUGGUGUUGUACUUGUGAGGCAGUGCUCGGGUUUGAGUAUGGUGAAGAGCGAUUCCACAAAAGAGAUAAAUCUAUUUAAAAGUCAAGUUACUAUGUGGUUGCAGUGCACUUUUCUUUUACAUUUGAUUUGAAAACACUUGAGUUUGGGUCAGGAAGUACUGUAUGUGUAUUUGAAAUGUACAACAAAACAUACCCUAAUCAACAUAUUUCAGAUUGGCAGAAAUGUAGACAGCACCCUCUAGUGGAUUUGCCAUGUGUAACAUGCAACCAAACGUUCACAGAGCAACGUAUAUUAUGUUUUGCAAAAAAUGUAGGCUGAGGCAUGUAUUUCCGAUAGACCUGGGCUGGAAAUUAGAUGUGUUACAUCUACUGUGCGUAUCUGGUGAUGUGAUGGACAUGUAACUGAUUUUGUCUAUGUUGAACUGCUCUCUUUGCACGGUCUCUGGUAAUGUAGUGCAGAGACUUUACAGUGAGUUGUGGUCACAGACUUUAGCUUAUUUUGGCCAACUAGUGGUAAUAAAGUAAAAAGGUGUUUACAUGCUUCGUUUACAGCCAUGUUUACAGUUCAAUGCUAUUCAGUUCAAUGCUACUUUACUCAUUAGAAUUAGGGGUGGGCAGUAUAACCAAAAAACUAUUUCCUGGGAUGAGUAAUUUUAUUUCACAGUAACAAUAUAUUUCACAGUAUAGCUAUUUAAAUCGAUAGUUAU